UUCUCUCUCUCUCUCUCUCUUCAAUUUCAUCUUCUUCAUUUCCCAAUUCCAUGUCUCACCCAUGUUCCAACUCAUUAGCAAGUGUUCCAAAAUUCAUCUCCUUCCACCACCAUUCCUCCCCAUCACAACCAUCAAAUUCCUCCCCAAAUAUGUCUCACAAUUGCUUCUCGUAUCCCUACCCGAGCUCGAUCCCGAGCCUGAACCCACCUCCACCGUCAUCUCCGCCGCUCCGAGAGGCUCUUCCGCUACUCAGGCUAAUGUCUCCUCCCGAGCAGAGACAAGAACAAGAAGAAGACGACGAUGAUGGAGGUAGCAAAGAUGACAACGCGUCGGUCACCGUGGCGUUGCACAUAGGGCUACCAAACCCUAGCCCAGCUGAAAUAGCUUCCUUGAUGUGUGGCUCUUCAUCUGAGAUUGAUCAAGAACAUGAGUUUGGACAGUCCACCAAAACCCUAAUUAAGGGACAGUAUUGGAUCCCAACUCCUUCUCAAAUCCUCAUUGGUCCUACUCAAUUCUCUUGCCCUGUUUGCUUCAAAACCUUCAAUAGAUACAACAACAUGCAGAUGCACAUGUGGGGGCAUGGAUCACAAUACAGAAAAGGCCCCGAGUCCCUCCGGGGCACGCAGCCAACGGGCAUGCUAAGGCUUCCUUGCUACUGCUGCGCCCCGGGGUGCCGCAACAACAUCGACCAUCCCCGUGCCAAACCAUUGAAAGACUUCAGAACUCUUCAAACACAUUACAAGCGCAAGCACGGGCUAAAGCCCUUCAUGUGCCGAAAGUGUGGCAAAGCGUUCGCCGUGCGUGGCGACUGGCGAACGCACGAGAAGAAUUGUGGUAAGCUUUGGUACUGCAUUUGUGGCUCGGAUUUUAAGCACAAGCGCUCGCUCAAGGACCAUGUCAAGGCCUUCGGUAAUGACCACGCUGCCUACGGUGGAGGCGGGAUCGAUGUGUUCGGAGAUGAAGAUGAUGAGCCUGCUUCUGAAGUCGAGCAAGAUAACGAUGAACGAUGAAUGAAGAACUUAUUAUAGCCAACAUUUGAGAAUAUGAUUAUUGAUUUACAGAAUUAUUGUUAUAUUGUAUAAUGAAACUUACUUGAUAUAUACUGUUAUCAUAUUAUAUGUGUAAUUAAUUAGGGGAACUUUGUUUUAUUGGUUUGGCUCU